AUGCCUCCAGGUCUGAGCUUUAGCUCAGCCUCCGGGAAUGGGACCCUGACAACAGAAGUGACUGCAGCCGGAGCAGCAGCUCAGCAAGUGGUGGAUCAGGCAACAGAGGCUGGGCAGAAAGCCAUGGACCAGGUGGCCAAAUCUACCCAGGAAACCGUGGACAAGACUGCUAACCAAGCCUCUGAGACGUUCUCAGGUUUUGGGAAAAAGUUAGGCCUCCUGAAGUGACGGAAGGGAGCCGUGGGCCACUCCCCUGCAGGCCCAAGCUCC